AUUUCGUGUUGUGUACAGGUAUCACGGUAUCUCAGAUCAACUGAUUCUUCCUCCUUUGUCAAAGUCCCCAAAGCCUUAUUCUGCCUCAACAGUCUUAGAGCUACCCGAUUCGGUCCCGCCUCCACAGCCCACCAUGCCCCUCCCCGACUUCACAUCAACAACCCUCUUCCCCCCGUUCGUCUCAUUACCUCUUGAAUCCGAUGCUCCCGGCCAGUCAUCUUCGCCGUCACCAUCUUCAACCGACCUCCCUUCCUACGCCGAAUCGAACCCCCCACCAUCCUCAUCCUCGCACCCGACAUCGCCAACACCCCAAACAGCCCCUCCGCCGUCAUACUCGUCCACGACAACGACGAGCACGCACUUCCUCCUCGCGCAGGUGAAGCAGAACAUGACCAUCACGAAGCCGACUCUCGUGGUUACGGACCGCCAAGGCACCGACUUCGCCAUCACGUUCGAGGACCGCGGCGUCGAUCUCCGUCCCGUCAAGGCCGGGUGGACCGUCGUCGUGCCGGGGGCUGCGCGCGUUGCGCCGUCCGCAGAGGGGAAGCGGGGUUUCGUCCGCGUGCCCCAGGGCCGCGGCACGGGCGUGCAUUACCUCCCCGCGUCGCUUGGGCGGGUUUUCGAAGUGGGGGCGCAGUUGAAUGAGGUUGAGGCGCGGCAAGGGGGCCGUGAUGGGGAUGGGGAUGGGGACGGCGCCGCCGAGGCGGAGGAGUGUGUGAGCUGCGGUGCGACUGAGGGAGAAGGGGGCGGGAAACUCAUGAGGUGUACGGGCUGUAAGUGGGUUCGAUACUGCAAUAAGGCUUGUCAGAAAAAAGACUGGGGUGAGGGCGGGCACAAGAACGAUUGUAAGGUAUUCAAGGCAAUGGCUAUUACAUGGGGAUCGUGAGGGUACCCAUUUGCAGCCACGAAUUUUCGCCGCCGAAUGGAAUGAGAGUGCAUCCGAUAGCUCGAUUCUGGCCCACGCUCGGGCGAUGAAAUCGGACUAGGGCCAUGUUUUACUCAAUAAUUAGAUUACUGCUGGUAACAUUGGACUUGGAGAUCCCGC